GUCAUUUCUGUACACGAAGUAACAGGGAUAUGAACCAAGCAUAUUAUACCAACUAACCUUGUUAGCGUAAACUUGGUCUGAUAAAUGGAGCAAAAAGACGUGUAUUACAACAAAGCAGAAUAUAUAGAAACUGCAUCAGGAAAUAAAGUAAGCCGUCAGUCAGUUCUCUGUGGGAGUCAAAAUAUUGUUUUAAACGGAAAGACAAUCAUUCAAUCGGAUUGUAUUUUACGUGGAGAUCUUGCAAAUGUCAGAAUCGGAAGACAGUGCGUGAUCAGUAAAAGAAGUGUAAUUAGGCCGCCAUUUAAGAAAUUCAGCAAAGGAGUUGCAUUCUUUCCCCUCCAUAUUGGAGACCAUGUUAUUAUUGAAGAGGAUUGUGUCAUCAAUGCUGCUCAAGUUGGUUCUUAUGUCCACAUAGGAAAAAACUGUGUAAUUGGUCGCCGAAGUGUAUUAAAAGAUUGUUGUGCUAUAGCUGAUAACACAGUCCUCCCCCCUGAAACUGUUGUUCCACCUUUUACUCUGUAUUCAGGCUCACCAGGUGUGUUCUCAGCAGAAUUACCAGAAUGUAUGCAGGAAAUUAUGACAGAGAAAACGAAAGACUAUUACCAACACUUUCUACCCAUUUCAGAAGAGAAAUGACAAUCAGACGACUUCAUAGCCUAUCUAUUUAAACAAUUAGGCAAGUUUUUGUGAUUAUGAAAAUAUAAAACAAAGGCAGAAGGUUGUGGGUUUUGUUGUGUGGAUCAGGAGGUUUCCUCCAUUCAUUGGUUUUCUUUAUAAUCAAAUUAUGGAAUGUAAUUCAUUAGUCAUAAUAGAAGUAAGUUCUCUGAUAAAUGAUCACUGUUUCAUGCUGGGGGGUCCUCUGGUAGAUAUUUAAUUUGUAAAAGCCAAUGAUAUGAAGUAUUUGUGACAGUUGAGUCAUUCUAAGGAAAAUAGAUGGUGAAGUGUAAGGAGCUUGUCUCCAUCUGCUUAAUUUGCAUGUUAGCAAAUAACAUAGAUUCUCGGGAAAAUAAAUUGUUUAGUGUAAGGUGCUGUGUCUCUAUAUCAUGCUAUAUUUACAAAUUACAGACAUUCCAAAGAUGAUAACUUUAAAUGAUAAGUUACUAAAGGUACAUGAUAUAAAUCAUGUAUAUGACUUCUUUUUCUCCCUGACACUUACAGAAUAAUUUUGGCCAGGAUAUUUUUGAUGAUUUAGACUUAAAGAAAAGGAAUAAGUCAAUCUAGUGAUAAAAAGUAUUUUCUUCAUGGGUAAUCCCACAAGAAACUCAAAAUGAUGUAAAAGGGGCCAGUUAGUGAUAGGGACUACUACUCAAGAAAACCUGAUUCUCUUUUUUCUCUUAAAACUGCAAGGAGGGAAAAGGCAGACAGAUAGACAGGCAGACAUUAUUUAACAGCUAAAUGCGGCAUAGUAAUAAUGUGAGCUCAGUGAUAUGUGGGUUGUAGAAUACUGCUCAAACCAUAGCUUGGUUUAAAGGGGUGCACAAUCUCAGAGAACAAGCACUUAGGCCGAUGUGAAUCUUAUUUUGCAUGGUUGAAAAUUCUCACCUGGAAAAUUACAGCCAACUAGAACACAGUAUUCCAGAAAUUAAGUGUUCUAAAAUAGGAUAUGCAUGGAAGUCACUUGGGUGAACAUCUGUUGUAACAGAAAGCACACGCAAAGUUUAUGGUUAUGGGUGAUGUUUGGAUAGCAAACACCUGAUUAACUGUUCUUAAUGCUUAUUUUUGUUAGUUAUUAGGUAAAAUAAAAAAGUGUAACU